GGGCGUAUUUGUUUGCGGAAGUAGGAGGGCCGAGAAGUGCUGAGUAAGCCGAGUCUUUUAGCCCCCAAUCCUGGGUUCACCUCCAGCUCCCACAGAUGACCUGGAAGCUGGUGACAGGAAGCUUGUGACCCAGUGCUUUUCAGACAACAGCUGCUGAAACUGGAAAGUGAAGCCCCGAGGUGUGUUGUGACUUACCCUUGCUGGUUUUAGCUCACUCUGUACGCCUCUUGAUUUGUCUCCAGUCCAUCUCCAAGAGCAAGAGAGCAGGCUGGGGCCCCCACCUGCCCCAGGGAGGAUGCAGUUCUUCGGACGCCUGGUCAACACCCUCAGUAGCGUCACCAACUUGUUCUCAAACCCAUUCCGGGUGAAGGAUGUGUCCAUGGCUGACUAUGCCUCGAGCGAACGUGCUCGAGAGGAAGGGCAGUUGAUCCUGUUCCAUAAUGCUUCCAGUCGCACCUGGGACUGCGUCCUGGUCAGCCCUAGGAGCCCACAGAGCGGCUUCCGACUCUUCCAGCUGGAGUCGGAGGCAGACGCCCUGGUGAACUUCCAGCAAUAUUCGGCCCAGCUGCCCCCCUUCUAUGAGAGCUCCAUGCAGGUCCUGCAUGUGGAGGUGCUGCAGCGCCUGACCGACCUCACCCGCAACCACCCCAGCUGGACAGUGACGCACCUGGCGGUGGAGCUGGGCAUUCGGGAGUGCUUCCACCACAGCCGCAUCAUCAGCUGUGCCAACAGCACAGAGAAUGAGGAGGGCUGUACUCCACUACAUCUGGCCUGCCGCAAGGGUGACAGUGAGAUCCUGGUGGAGUUGGUACAGUACUGCCAUGCCCAGAUGGAUGUCACCGACAACAAAGGAGAGACUGCCUUCCAUUACGCUGUGCAAGGGGACAAUUCCCAGGUGUUGCAGCUCCUAGGAAAGAACGCCUCAGCUGGCCUGAACCAGGCGAACAACCAAGGGCUAACUCCACUGCACCUGGCUUGCCAGAUGGGGAAGCAGGAGAUGGUGCGUGUGCUGCUGCUCUGCAAUGCCCGCUGCAACGUCAUGGGACCUGGUGGCUUCCCCAUCCACACAGCUAUGAAGUUCUCGCAGAAGGGGUGUGCUGAGAUGAUUAUCAGCAUGGACAGCAACCAGAUCCACAGCAAGGACCCUCGCUAUGGAGCCAGCCCGCUCCACUGGGCCAAGAACGCCGAGAUGGCCCGAAUGCUGCUGAAGCGGGGCUGUGACGUGGACAGCACAAGUGCCACAGGGAACACGCCCCUGCACGUGGCGGUGAUGCGCAACCGCUUUGACUGUGUCAUGGUGCUGCUGACCUAUGGGGCCAACGCAGGCGCCCGCGGAGAACAUGGGAACACACCGCUGCACCUGGCCAUGUCGAAAGAAAAUGUGGAACUGGUCAAAGCCCUCAUUGUAUUUGGGGCAGAAGUGGACACUCCAAAUGACUUCGGGGAGACUCCUGCAUUCAUAGCCUCCAAGAUCAGCAAACUGCUUAUCAGGAAGACACUUCUGACUCUGCUGAAAACUGUGGGGGCCGACUACCGCUUUCCACUCAUUCGAGGGGUCCCCAUGGACCAGAGCUCUGAAGCAACACCUCACCCCUACUUCCCCCUGGAUAGAGCUCAGCCCCCAGAGAUCAGCUUAAACAACCUAGAGCUUCAGGACCUCAUGCCCAUCUCCCGAGCCCGGAAGCCACCGUUCAUCCUGAGCUCCAUGAGGGAUGAGAAGCGAACCAACGAUCACCUGCUCUGCCUGGACGGAGGGGGCGUGAAAGGCCUGGUUAUCAUCCAGCUGCUCAUCGCCAUCGAGAAGGCCUCUGGUGUGGCCACCAAGGACCUCUUCGACUGGGUGGCAGGAACCAGCACAGGGGGCAUCCUGGCCCUGGCCAUCCUGCACAGUAAGUCCAUGGCUUAUAUGCGUGGUGUGUACUUCCGUAUGAAGGACGAGGUGUUCCGGGGCUCACGGCCCUAUGAGUCUGGGCCCCUGGAGGACUUCCUGAAGCGAGAGUUUGGGGAGCACACCAAGAUGACAGAUGUCAAAAAACCCAAGGUGAUGCUGACAGGGACACUGUCUGACCGGCAGCCAGCGGAGCUCCACCUCUUCCGGAACUAUGAUGCCCCAGAGGCCAUUCGGGAACCUCGCUUCAACCAAAACAUUCACCUGAAGCCGCUAACUCAGCCUGCAGACCAGCUCGUAUGGCGGGCAGCCCGGAGCAGUGGGGCAGCCCCAACCUACUUCCGGCCCAAUGGACGCUUCUUGGAUGGCGGGCUGUUAGCCAACAACCCCACGCUGGAUGCCAUGACUGAAAUCCAUGAGUACAAUCAGGACAUGAUCCGCAAGGGCCAGAGCAACAAAGUGAAGAAACUCUCCAUAGUCGUCUCUCUGGGGACAGGAAGGUCCCCUCAAGUGCCUGUAACCUGUGUAGAUGUCUUCCGUCCCAGCAACCCUUGGGAACUGGCCAAGACUGUUUUUGGAGCCAAGGAACUGGGCAAGAUGGUUGUGGACUGUUGCACAGAUCCAGAUGGGCGGGCUGUGGACCGUGCCCGGGCCUGGUGUGAGAUGGUCGGCAUCCAGUACUUCAGACUGAACCCCCAACUAGGAACAGACAUCAUGCUGGAUGAGGUCAGUGAUGCAGUGCUGGUCAACGCCCUCUGGGAGACCGAAGUGUACAUCUAUGAGCACCGGGAAGAGUUCCAGAAACUUGUCCGGCUGCUGCUGUCGCCCUGAGCCCCCAGGCCCUGCUGGCAGGGGUGGGCCAGGCCACCACACACACUGAGGACCAAACUGGGCCAAGCAGCUCCACGUCCAUCUGAGGACUGGGGCUCAGGGCACAAACAAGGUCCCCCACAGGCACUGCUCAUGA